AUGGAUUCCAUGGUGAGUCGCUAUUGGUGGGGGCAUUCUAACAAUACCAGGAAAAUACAUUGGAAGAGCUGGGAGGCUUUGUGUACUCCAAAGUGGGUUGGUGGGUUGGGUUUUCGAAAGUUGGCGGCUUUUAACAAAGCCAUGCUUGCGAAGCAAGGCUGGCGCUUGCUGAAGUUUCCUAAUUCGUUAUUGGCCAGUCUUCUACGUGCUAAGUAUUACCUUCAUGCAGACUUUUUGUCGUCUUCGAUUGGGUCUAAUCCGUCUUUCACUUGGUGCAGCAUUUUUGAUGCUAAACCAUUGCUUUAG